AUGGCAAGUAAGAAAAAAAUUGCCACACUAAGUAUAUCUCCCAUAUUGUUGGUUGCCAUGGUGGUUGCUCUUACAAUCGGUACCCGGGAAGAUAAAACCGAGACUUCUGAUCGCCAGGAUUUAUCUUCAUCUUCGAAGGCCAUCCAAACUAUUUGCAGAUCGACAGACUAUCAAGAAACUUGCAUCGAUACCCUCAAAUCUUCAGAUAAGGACACUGACGAUCCCAAAGAACUCAUCGAGAUUGCUUUUGAAGUGACAAUCAAGUAUAUUGAAGAUGCUGCUAAGAACUCGACUGUCUUGCAAAAGCUUCAAAGUGAUCCCCGAGCAAAAUCAGCUCUCGAUGACUGCCAUGAGCUAGCAAAUCGUGCAGUUAACGAUCUCAGGAGAUCAUAUAACAUGUUUAAGGAAUUUGAUGUAGCUAGUUUUAAUGCCGUGCUGUCUGAUUUGAAGAUUUGGCUUAGUGGAGCCAUCACAUAUCAAGAAACAUGUCUUGAUGGUUUUGAAGAUGUCCCUGGAGAUGCAGAGGAGAAAAUGAGGGAGUCUUUGAAAAAAGCCAUGGAAUUAACAAGCAAUGGCUUGGCAAUGGUGACUGAAAUCUCGUCCGUGCUCGAGUCUUUAGGUGUUCAAGGAUUUAACAAUCGUCGUCUCCUUUUUGAAGACAUUCCUAUCAUGGGACAUCGCGGUGAAAUUUCUGAUUGGAUUGACAUUGAAAGGCGUGAGCUUCUUAGUUCCAAGUCUAAGGAAAUCAAGCCUGAUCUUGUUGUAGCGAAGGACGGAUCAGGGAAGUACCAGACGAUUAAUGAAGCCUUGAAAGACAUCCCAAAAAAUGGCAACGAGACUUUUGUACUCUAUAUCAAAGAAGGUGUUUAUGAAGAGAAGGUUCAGUUCAACAGCAGCAUGACUCAUUUGUUCGUUAUUGGUGAUGGACCGACAAAGACGAAGAUAACUGGACAUUUGAACUUCAUAGAUGGAACUAACACAUACCAAACAGCAACAGUCGCCGUACAAGCCGACAAUUUCAUGGCCAAAGAUGUUGGAUUUGAAAACUCUGCUGGUGCCGAAAAGCAUCAGGCUGUGGCAUUGCGUAUCAGCGCAGACAAGGCAAUCUUCUACAAUUGUCAGAUGGAUGGCUACCAAGAUACUCUUUAUGCACACACGUACCGCCAAUUCUAUAGGGAUUGUGUGAUCUCCGGUACAGUUGACUUCAUUUUUGGCGAUAGUGCUGCUGUCUUCCAGAACUGCACAUUGGUGGUUCGAAAGCCUAUGGACAAUCAGCAAAACAUUGUGACAGCACAAGGCAGGAAGGACGUGCGCCAGCCGACUGGACUUGUCCUCCAAAACUGUACCUUCACUGCUGAUCCCUCAUACUUUCCAGUCCGCAAGACGCUCAAAUCAUACCUUGGCCGACCCUGGAAAGAAUACUCUCGAACCAUCAUCAUGGAGUCGUAUCUUGAUGAUCUGAUCCAACCACAAGGGUGGUUGCCAUGGAACGAGACUUUCGCUCUUGACACAUUGUUUUAUGCUGAAUUCAACAACAGAGGCCCAGCCGCACCCAAGGCACAGAGGAUUAAAUGGCCCGGGGUUAAGGAACUUCCAUCCAACCGGGUUGAACGCUUUACAGCAGCCGAGUUCAUUGGUGGUGAUAUAUGGAUACCAUCCACAGGGGUACCCUAUGCUUCAGGCUUCAUAUUCCCAGUUCCAAAAGAAGAUCCAAAUGUGAAAUACUCUCCCGUUGUACCGGAAGAAAACAAAGAUUUGGGGAAAACGGACCAAAAAGAAUCUUACAUUCCUUCAGACAAAAAAGACAGAGACAAAGAUUCAGACAAAAAGAAAGACGAAGACAAAGAUGAAGACAAAAAGAAGCAUGAGGAUGAUGAUAAAGAUUCAGAUAGUAAGAAUGACAAAGACUCUGACAAAAAGAACAAUUCAGACAAAGAUUCAGACGGAAAGGAAGAAAAAUCUUCUAAGGACUCCAACUCUGAUUCUGGAUAUGAUUUUGUAAUUGUUGAGGCUCCCGCACCCUCUUCCGCUGGCGGCUCAGCCUCGUAUGGGGCGGUGCCUAGUUCAGUCGCCCAAAGUCCAUAUGCAGCUGCACCAGCUCUUAGCCCAACCUCGCCACCCAAGCAAUCAAUGCUUAAAAUGUUUUUCGGAUGGCAUUAA